CAUCUCCGCGCUUCCUUCAUCCAGCUGCUUCCUCUGGAUCUCCCUCCCCCUCACCCCCGGCCUGCUGGGAGUCCUGGAAGAAGCUCCCUGCGGAGACCCUGCCCACUUCCCCGGCUUGGCCGAUCCGGCUGAGUCCCGCCCGGAGAAGCCCCCCGCCCACCCUCACCGCCUGGUUGAGCGGACUGCGGCAAGCCCGCCCCUUCGCAAGGAGCCUCCGCCCUCCGGGCAGCAGUUUUAAGCCGGAGCCCCGGCUGAGCUCCGGCAUCCGAGCACCGGCAGCCAGCGAGCGAGCUUACCGGAGGCAUCCACGGCAGGAAGGCAGGGAGUUUCUUGCUUUGCUGAAAGAGCAGAAAAAUGAGCCUGAGACAGACACUUCCCGUCCUUCUCCUGGCGGGAGCCAUCGCUGUGCUUCAGUGCCAGGAACUGUUUAUACGCGUUACCCAACGUGUUCGAGAAAGUCAACAAAGAAGAGGCAAAUGCAGAGACCCAUACACCAGACUGAUCUACAAUCGGAAGGAAAGUUGGCUCCGCCGCGUCCAAGAGAGAACGGAAUAUUGUCGGUGUGAGAACGGUCGCAUCUUCUGCCAUGCAGUACCUGUCACAGGCUGCAUCAAGCCACUUUGCCUCAACCGGGGCCGCUGCCAGAAAGCCUUGUAUUCCCCUGACCUUUUCGUUUGCUUCUGCCCGCCGGGCUUCUCGGGGAAGUUCUGUGAAAUUGAUACCAGAGCUGUGUGUUACCAGGAUACAGGGGACACAUACAGGGGGACAUGGAGCACAACGGAGAGCGGUGCGGAAUGUGUGAACUGGAAGACCAAAGCUUUGCGCUUCAAACAGUUCCAUGCGGAUCGUCCAGACGCCUUGCAGUUGGGGCUCGGCGAUCACAAUUAUUGCCGAAAUCCAGAUAAAAGCUCAAAACCCUGGUGCCACGUUCUUAAAAAAAAUAUGUACGUCUGGGAAUAUUGCAGCAUUACGUCCUGCACCGAUGAAAAACAUUCCUGUGUUUUGGGAAGAGGCACGGACUAUCGGGGCAGCCAUCACCAAACUGAGUCUGGGGUGACAUGCCUGAGAUGGGACUCCCACAUCCUUGACAACAAAGUUUACAACGCCUUCCAUCCCAACGCCCGUCAUCUAGGCCUCAGCAGCCACAACUACUGCAGGAAUCCUGACAACGACACUCAGCCCUGGUGCCAUAUAUUCAAGAAUGGUGUGGCAAAAUGGGAACGUUGUGAUGUGCCAGCCUGCUCCACUUGUGGGCUGAGGAAGCACAAAGUGGCAGAGAUCCAGAUCAAAGGAGGUGCCUAUUCAUAUAUAGAGUCCCACCCGUGGCAGGCGGGCAUUUUUGUGACCAACCGAGGUGCUGAAGGUUAUCACUGUGGUGGGAUCCUCAUCGAUUCCUGCUGGGUCCUCUCAGCUGCUCACUGCUUUACAGGCUGGAGCAUUGACCCCCGACGCCUCAAAGUUGUCCUGGGCCGGACGUUCCGUGUGAAAUCCUCCGUCACAGAGCAGAUCUUCCAAGUGGAGAGAUACAUUACACAUGAGAAGUUCAACUCCAGGACUUUGGACAAUGACAUCGCCUUGCUGAAGUUAAAACACCAAUCCGAAAACUGUGCCACGGAAACUGACAGCGUGCGUCCCGUUUGUCUCCCCAAAGCUGGACUCCAGCUGCCCGACUGGACGGAAUGUGAGGUGUCCGGCUACGGCAAGCACGAAAUGUCUUCGCCUUUUCACUCAGAACGUCUGAAGGAAGGACACGUGAGGCUCUAUCCAGACAGCUUCUGUACCUCCGCACGACUUGCAAACAGGACUGUCACCAAGAAUAUGUUGUGUGCAGGAGAUACCCGGCAACUUCACGACGCCUGCCAGGGUGACUCCGGAGGCCCCCUGGUUUGUCUGAACGAUGGCCGCAUGAAGUUAAUCGGCGUCAUCAGCUGGGGGGUGGGUUGCGGCACGAAAAACACGCCGGGGGUUUACACGCGAGUGCUUCGCUACCUGAACUGGAUCCAGGAGAACACGCGUAACUGAGUCCUUCGGGGUUUCCUUCCGGGAACUCUUUUCAAUCCGGGAAUCACACACUGGAAGCUGGGCUGGGAAGCCGGUGUCACUCCUGGGGAGGACACGCACUUUGUGCGGUGCGUCUCUCGUGCAACAACAAGUUCGAGGUCUGUGCGGCUGUGCUUAGGGACCAAGCUACAACAAUAGUAUUGGGGGUUUUUUUUCCCCAAGAAGCAUUUCUAGGCCUACCUAAGACCGGAUGCUUACAGGUAAUCCUCGUCUUAGGACCGCAGAGGAGCCCAGAAUUUCUGUUGCUAAGCAAGACAGUUAAGUGAGUUGUGCUUCGUUUUACCACCUUCCUGGCCACGGUUGUUAAGUGAAUCGCUUCGGUUGUUAAAGUUAGUAACCCGGUUGUUAAGUGAAUCUUGCUUCCUCCCUCGACUCUGCUUGUCAGGUCGCAAAAGGGGCUCACGUGACCCUCGGACAAUGCAACAACUGUGAAUACAUGCCAGUACAUGCCAGUUGCCAACCCACAUGAGUGACAUCCCAUAGGGAUGCUGCCAUGAUCAUGUGCAGAACAGUCAUCCGUCACUUUUUUUCAGUGCUGUUGUAACUUCGGUCACUAAACUCAUUGUUGUAAGUUGAGGACUACCUGCAUUUGUGGCAACCACAUCUGGGCGUUGCCUCUGCCUCUCCUCUUCUUGAAAAGUCCUGCUUUGGGAGACUAGAUGGGCCCUGGGCUUCCUCAAAUAUGCCUCCCCCAGUUGAUUUUUUGAAAAAAAAUCCUCUUUUUGUAAAUUAAGGGAAGCAUUUCAAAGUCUUUUCUACAUAUAUAUUAUAUAUAUAUAUAUGUGUAUGUGUAUAUAUGUAUGUAUGUGUGUGUGUGUGUGUGUGUGUGUGUGUGUGUGUGUGUGUAUAUAUAUAUAUAUAUAUGUAUAUGUAUGUAUGUAUGUAUGUAUGUAUGUAUGUAUAGGUCUUUGGUUAUUUGGGUUUUCUCCCGUGUAAAAUUGGAAGUGUCUUGACGACGUUUCGACGAAGUCUCAUUCGUCAUCUUCAGGCUUCAGCUUCGUGCUUCUGGGAGCAUUGCUCUGGGAGCAAUGCAGCUCACCAGCUCAAAUCCCCCUGCAACUCAAGACUAAUCUGAGCACAACCAAGCCCCCACCCAAACAGGACACACCCCCAUCCAAUCAGAGCACAAAAAAGCCCCAUCCAAUCAGAGCACAGCCAAGUUCCCACCCAAUCAGUUCAAACCCCCACUAGCAGUUAAAAAGGAAGAAACAGCUGCAAUCACACAUUGCUUCCAGAAGCAUGAAGCUGAAGCCUGAAGAUGACGAAUGAGACUUCGUCGAAACGUCGGCAAGACACUUCCAAUUUUACGCGGGAGAAAACCCGAAUAACCAAAGACCUACACACACACACACACACACACACACACACACACACACACACAUAUAUAUAUAUAUAUAUAUUUAAAGGAGGAAUCGGUAAUCGCUUUGAGCACCACUCUCCCCCUAAAACUUCAAACGUUAUUUUUAUACUCUGUAAAUAUUUCACAUUCUCUGUAUGAAAUCAACCCCACAUUUCCCAACGUGCAGAGUGACAGAGGUGUCUUCUGCUAUCAAGACCAUCUCCAGUACGUUUUAAAUGCAUUAAACUAUUUUAAAUUA